UUUGAUUGCCAAGUGGGGAUUCGAGACUCCCUUCUCUUUCAUAUCCUCUAUAUUCGUUUUUUGGAGGAGGGCACGGGAAGUUGAAUUCAGAGCCUUGUGCUUGCCAGGCAGGCACUUGUGCCACUGAGCCAUAUCCCUGGCCCUUUCAUAUAUUCUAGGUUGAGUUAUGGUGGUCAGUCUUGAGUCACAGACUAACACUCAAACACAGGCUCGUCUCUGGCCCAAUUUUAAUCUUUUCUUCACUCUGAAUUCUAGCCACAACCCUAAGCUCAAUUCUGACCUCAGCUCCUCCUUCCCAACCUCAGAAUCAAUUUCCACCUAAACACCCACCUCAGCCCCCUCAGUGCCCUCUUCUUCCAGUUUCUGUGCCCAGCGUAGACCUGACUCCACCCACGACCUUCCACGCGGACUGGUGCCAAUCCUACCACGCGCUCUGACAGCCUCGUAGGCUGUCUGUUUGUCAACAAUGGACCCAGAUUAUGAAAACUUACAGAAGUUUGGGAGCGAGAUGAAAAACUCCGGGAUUAGAAAAGCCGCACCUCUCCAGAGCGCGCUGGGGAAUUGCUGCCGUGGGCCCUACCUCGCCCAGAUCUCCCUGGGCCUCAGUCUCCUGCUGCUGGUAGCUGUCUGUGUGAUUGGACACCAAGGUUCUAAUUUGCGGAGAGAUCUGGUCACCUUGAGCACAAAUUUCAGCAACUCCAGCUCACACCACGAGGUUAACAUCCAGCAACUGACUUCCAACUGCGGGGCACUGCAAAACGCCAUAAAGUCUUUGAAAGCAGAGGUGGAGGACCAUGGGGAGGAGCUGCAGGCAGGCCGCAGCUUGAGCCAGAAGGUGACUUCUCUGGAGAGCACUCUGCAGCAAAAGGAGGCGGCAUUCAAAGCAGAUCAAUCUCAAAUUCUCCUACGAAUCCAGGAGCUGGUGAAAGAAUUACGGUCCCUGAGUUGUGAGCUGGCUUAUUUCAAGAGCAAUGGCUCCAGGACCUGCUGCCCCCUUAACUGGAUAGCUCACGAAGGCAGCUGCUACUGGUUUUCUCAAUCCAAGAAGCCCUGGGAUGAGGCCAACAAGCAUUGCCAGAUGGAGAACGCCCACCUGGUGAUGGUGAACUCCUUGGGAGAGCAGAUAUUUAUCCAGAGCAACACGAGAAGCAUAAACACCUGGAUGGGUCUAACUGACCGAAGCGGGUCCUGGAAAUGGGUGGAUGGGUCUGACCUUGACCCAGGCUUUAAGAACUGGAGCCCAGAGCAGCCAGAUAACUGGUCUGGGCACGAGAUGGGAGGAGGCGAGGACUGUGCCCACUUCAACAGUGAUGGCAGUUGGAACGACAACGUGUGUAAGAGAGCCUUCCACUGGAUCUGUGAGACAGAGCAGAGCCAAGUCUGACAGCAGCCUCCUUGACCGAUCGAUUGCCUCAAUGCCUCGAGAUGCUAAGAUCAACGAAUAGGAACCCUCCUUUCUGGGGGCCUUUACUUCCUUGGGGAGUUUCACCUAGCAUUUAAAGGAGAGGGAAAUGCUGGUGUCUAAGAAAGGCACUGUGAGAUUAACAGGGUGAGGAGAAUGAAUUUCAUGACGUUUUGUAGCAUGCAGUUUAUUAUUGCAGCCUUUUUUCUUAAAGUAAAAGGAUUAGAAAUAGUCAAACGUCCUAUGCACCAUCUGGGUCCUGGGGGUUUGGAGCAGGGCGGGGCCUGGCUGGCCAGAGGAAGAUGUGGGCAGGAAGUGACAUCCGGAGAACAGAACAGGCUUUGGGCUGAUGGCCUGGUAAGGAGCCUGGUUUGUCAUUUGCAGGUGUGGGAGCCUGGGCAAGUUACUUUGUAUUAAAUAUAGAGGAAGUACCAGGCACAGUGGAGUACACCUGUAAAUCUAGCCGCUUAGGAGGCUGAGUCAGGAGGAUCACAGAUUCAAGGCCAGCCUGGGCAAUCAGCAAGACUCUCUCAAAAUUUGAAAAACAAAAGAGUUGGAGAUGCAGCCCAGCAUUCCACAGGUGCAAUCCACAGUACAAAACAAACAAAUAAAUAAAGAUAAAAAUGGCUGAAA